AUGACUGUUGAAGUGGAAUGCGUCUACGCAACGAAACUCAGCGGAAAAGUAGAGAAAGGAUUACAAGUUGUCUUCAUUUCCAUUCGAUUUCAUGAGAUCCGUGUGGGUAUUGGGCGUUCUUUGGACUUCGCCUGGUCAGGAACUCAGCGUAGAGCUCCACUAGGGAGAACAUUGUCGUCUCUUCUUAUGCCGGCUUCGACCGUCGAGACUCAUAAACAUGGGUCGCUGAAGACAUGGAAGGUGAUUAUCGACGCGGAACAGCAGAGUGAAGGGCCACGGCUGUACGAAGAACGGAUAGAGUCCAGGGAGUUGUACCGGCCAGUAUGCCUCUUCUUGUUCAAUGGUCACAUUGUUUUGAUGCAAUAUAUACACGUGAAUGGUGUUGACAAGAAGCCGUGGAGGGUACAGAUGACUCGGUGUGAUAUGCCUUGCCUCUUUCAGCACGAUCAUCCAGAAGGGCGGAAAACCCAAGUGUUCUUCUCGGUCCUCACUCAUAGUUUGUUACUCCUCCAUGCUUUAUUCCCGCUCACAAGCUCCAGCCCUGAGGGUGUCAGGAGACCAGACUGGAAUCAUCGAGAAACUGCUGGAAUGCUCCAGCUAAAAUUCGUGGCCAGUGAGACGCAUCGUGAAGAUGUGCUGUAUGCAAACUGCAAACCUAAAACUGCUUUUGGACAAUUGCCCCACAUUUUUCUGCAGCCAGCAGCGAGCCAGUCUGGCGGGCCUGGUCGUCAAAGCUCGGCCCAGCUGCCCAAUGAGGGCUUAUUGUAG